AUGUACGCGUGCGUAUCCUCUCUUCUACCCGACCAAUACCAGCACCACCAGCACCAGCACCAGCACGACAAGCUCAAUACAACGCAUAGAGUCCUCGACACCGACGUCGACGCACCAACCAACCCGCUAGAGCUCCUACGAUACGAGCAGAAUAUGGCCGCCCACCUCCCCACCUUCUCCCCCACACCCGCCUCGCCGCCCUUCCCACUCGCGCCGUUAUCCUUCAGCACCGUCUACCCCUCCCCCUUCCUCCUCUCCUUCCUCUCCUUCCUCUCCUUCCCCCUCUCCUUCCUCCUCACCGUCCAUCACCUCCCCCUUCCCCCUCUUCGCCCUCCCACCCGACAUCUGGCCCCUCGUCACCCGGGGGAGCUGUUAAAGGCGUUGGGCAAGGGGGGAAAGGGAGGAGAGGAAGGGAGGGAGAGGGCGAGGUGUGUGAGGCAGGUAUACGUCGGGCCGGCUUCCGAACCUCCGUACGCGAUCCGACACCUCGACGCUGGGCUCAUCAGCGCCAGCGCCAGCGUCACCGAUACCCGAACCAAAGCCCAAACUAAAGCGCCAAACGCGAAGAAAUACCUCGCACGCCUGCUCCAUGUCGUAGAGCACUGCCUCCCGCAUUUGUAUGUCCUGGAGUGGAACCUCCCUGCGCCGACGCUGAAGGAGUUCGUGUGGAAGGGGCACCUCCUAGGCCCCGUCCUUCUCCCCCCACCUCCCUCCUCUUUUCUGCAUCCGGCGAACGAUGACAGCGACUGCGACAACAGCAACGACAGCGACGGCAAGCUACCGGACUUUCCCCACCUGCGGAGCGUAGUCCUCGACCGCGCCUCGCCGGACUGUACGCUCCUCCUCCAGCACCUCGUAGGGGAGAACACGAGGGUGAGCGCACUGGCGCUCGAUAGCGCGACGUCCUCCACGUCUUCGUUCCUCCGCUCAAGAGGGUACGUGAGCUCGCUCACGUCGUUCGCAUGGGCCAACACUCGCGCGGCGGAAGGAAGCGAAGGCGAAGAGAGUGUCCUAGCGUUCCUGAAGGAGAACGCGCAGAUUGAGAAGUUCGAGGUGACGGCAGGUGUUGACGCAGGGUGGGCCGAAGGGGCGCUCCUGCCCCUCCUGCGGUCCUUCCAGUCGUUGACUUCGCUCAAAAUGGUGUUUUCGGCCGAGGACGUUCCUGAAAGCAGCUUAUCCGCUCUUGCGGCCCUCUCGAACCUCCGCACGCUCUGCAUCGCAGCGGGCCCUGCGUAUCCAGCCAGCCCGAGCUGGUACCCGGAGCAUGAGGUGAUGGGCAGGGUGCUCGCUCCGAUGAAGGAGCUGAGGAGGUUGGUGGUUAUGAGGGAUACGUAUGAGGUGAAGGCGCACGCGCUCGCGCCACGGAGGGAGGGAGGGGGCGGGUAUUAUAGGGUGAGGACGGUGCCUGAGGGUGUGGAAGUGGAGGAGUGGUUGACCCCCGCCGAAGUUGAGGUGUACCGAGGUACUGGACCGAUGCUUGAAUUCGGUGUUGUGAGAGAAGAACUCGUCUAUCACCUCGUCAUGUGUCGACGACCUCCUGGGCUUCUGCCGACGGCCAACCGGCUCGAAUGCGUCUUCCCUCCUUCUCUGGGUAUUCGGCUUGAUAAUCGUGAACGUAAGCGCCCUUCGAAUCCUCCCAUCAAGUCAAUAAAUGUCUCCUAUUACCUUGUUCUGAACAUCUUUGGCGCGCAUCGGUGCAAUAGAGGGCAGGUUGCCGUAUCUCACCCACUUCUUUCGUACAUAAAGCCGAAUAUACUUAUAAUUCGACCAGCCUAUACUUCCCCACUUCACUCGAAAAUCUCGACCUGCUGCAAGACGGCAUGGCGAUCUCAAGCACGACAGACACCUCACUUUCUGAGCCUAUCCAAAAACAUGACGAGAAGAUCACCAUUAUCGAGCGCGUCUCUGUGUCGCCCGAACCUGCCGCGGUGA